CAUCCAUCAUCUGUCCUGCAAACUGGUCCUUCGGCUCCGGGACGACCAUCGCGCCGGCGUGGCACCCUUCGGCGAGUUGCCGACUUGGAAUGCUCGAUAGCAUCGCACAGCAUCGCACGAUUCUGAAAUAUACAUCAUAUGAGAGAGCACAGCGGUGAUGCGACGUCGUGGUGGUUGGGCACAAAGCCUCAUCAACGGGAGCCAAGACACUGGGGGCGCUAGACCGGCAUCGGCUCAGAUGGAGCUAAGUACCGAGGUAGAAUAGUUCCCCGUCUAUUCUUGGAUGCCGACAACGGCCUCAACACCACGUCUUCCAUCUCUAGAACCGCCUCUACCACAUCGCCAGCUCUAAGUAGUUAGCUUCCAUCAGUAUGGCAGCCCAAGACCAGGUAGCUAAGGGGCGCAUCAUUCCCCACAUGAACAGCGAACAUGGUGACUCGAUAAGCCGCUACCUGGAGCACUUCCUCCACGUAUCCUCCUUCGCAGCCCGCAAUGCCAAGCUCGAAGAUGUAUCUUUCUCUAGCCUCACCAUUCGCUCUUCCGGCGGCCGCUAUACGGUCCCACUGGCUCCGCCUCUCGCCUCCUGGAGCGAAGCCCGCGAGCGCCUUAUCGCCAUGGACCAGGAGGCUGUAAAAGGCCUUGACCGGAGUCCAAUCACCGUGACCACGUACACACGUCCGCGGGGUUGGCAUUUGGGCGUCUUUCUCGCUUGCCUCCUUGGCUACUUUAGUUUCUCGCGCCCAGCGAACUUCCAACCGGGGAGCUACUUGUAUGAGAUCCUCCUGAAGCACGUACCGAGUUUCGCCGAGUUCAUGGCCCCGAAGGCGUACAUUGCGCUGGCUUCGAUGGUUGUGAUUCAUGGGACUGAGGCUUAUCUCAUGGCAACGACGAAGCUGAGGAAGCAUUCGGUGCCGGUGGGGAGUUCGUUGUGGUGGACGUGGAUGUCCUCGACGUUUAUUGAGGGCUUUUGUGCUUUUCAGAGGAUCGAUGCCAUUGUGAGGAAGAGGACUAAGGAGGUUGAGGGAAAAAAGCAUUGAUAGCGUUGCAUUAGGAACGAAGCUGAUCACACGAAACUAAAAUGAACGACGAUGAUUAUGGCAUGGGAGAGGUAUGAGGAGCUUGUAGCUUGUGGGUACUCGUUCCAAAUAGUUCUGUGUACAC